UCCAAACAGGAGAACAUUCCUCUUGUGAGGAGGAAGUUAGAAUGGAGCAAUACUGGUCGACAGUUGGUGCACUGCUUCUAGCACUCAUUGCAUGUGAGCACUCUGACAUCGCUUUGGCUACAAACAAAGCAACGAAACCAGGAGUGUGUCCUAUUUGGAAUGGCUUCGGAAUGUGUCAUCAGUUUUGCCGCUUUGACACGCAGUGCCCCAAUGUUCAGAAGUGCUGCUCCAACGGAUGUGGAAUGCAGUGCAUGAGACCAUACGAAGAGAAGCCGGGUGUAUGCCCUCCUGAACAUGGGGCCAGCAUAUGUAGCGAGGCAUGCUCUCAAGACGGGCAGUGUGAAAGAGAUCAGAAGUGCUGCAAGACAUGUGGCCAUGCCUGUCGUGAUCCGGUCCUUGUGUAGAAUUAGCUGCAACAGAAAUGUAUCAUUUUCACUUUUUACAAAUUUCAACUCCAUGGAACAAUAUUUGGAUUAUAUGGGGGAGAAAGUAAAUUGUUAAGAUGCCAUUUGAUGUGCCUGUACUUUAAGUACACACAACAUUCAAAUAGUGUUCUACUCUAAAUGUUAAAGAGCAAAAGCCUAGAGAAUAACCUGCAGGAGGGAAAUAAUUGGUACCGUUUCAUUCUCGUGUAAAAGUGUUGUAUUUUUUAAAAUUAAUUUACAACUUGAUUGAUCUUACUUUGAUGCCAAUAACAUGUUGGUCAGUAUGUCUGGAGGAGUUUAGAUAUUAUAUCUUCUAGUAUAUUGUAUAUUCUAAAUGGAUGAACAUUUACUUUACAUAUAUCAGUUGCUUGAAGGUAUGGAGGAAUGUGUUUUUCAACCAAUAAACAUGUUUCCAGAACCUAGAAA